CAAACACGCAUACCUUCGCUUGGACGGCAAACGGUGCGCCAGAGGAAUUGUCAAUACACUCAUUUCUCAGGGGCGAGAUUGACAGAUAUUGCUGUUACAACGGACAAGUGACGCUAGAGGUAACUUGGAUUCUCAAGAAGCCUUGGCGAUCUUGGAAGGACUGGGCGUCCAAAAGGUUUCUUUCGUACGAUCUCGUAACCUCGUUCAUUCAUUGCUCAUAACGGUAGCUUUCCUGACCCGGUUUUAUCGACAACCUUACAGCACCUCUGCCUAUCCAAGGUAUCAAGGCCUACUUUUCCCUCAAUGGCUGCUUCCAGGGGUUCACCCGCAGCAGCAGACGCUUCUCGACGAGGCGGCGGGCGCUCAUACCCCUUAUUAUCACGCCGCGAGAUUGAGGCCCUGAUCGCCGAGGGCAGGACCAUCUUCAUCCUGGACCGGCAUGUCAUCAAGGCCGAUGCCUGGCUUCCGUAUCACCCGGGCGGCGACAAGGCCAUCAUGCACAUGGUCGGCAGGGAUGCGACGGAUGAGGUGAAUGGCUUUCACUCGCUCGAGGCCCGCCGCAUGAUGGACAAGUACCGCAUCGGCAGGAUUGAAGGCCGCUGGAGGAACUUUGUGCCGCCGAUCCAGGGCGGCAAGUUUCGGCCCAGGGUGAGCGAUGGAGAGGACGAGCAGGAGGACGAGUACGGUGUCAGCAGCUUGAUCACGCAGCGGUUGAAGGAGGAUGUCGCCGCGUUGUCGAGUUAUUCAAGCAGCACACGGUCCCCGUCGCCUACCUUUGACGCCAACAAGGAUGCAGCCCUUGGCCUUCGCAAGCGCAGAUCGAGUGGUGGGAUUGCGCGGUCAAGCUCGGCCACAUCACUCUCUUCCGGCGACGACGACGAGGACGGCGCCGAAGUGCCAGCGCCGCCGGUCAAUGGCAUGGCGCACCUCGAUGUCCUCACGCGCAAGGAGAUAAAGCUCGACCUCAGCCGAUACCCGCCGCCGGACCCGGUUACCCAAGAAGCCAUCGCGGAGAAGUACCGCCUCCUGCACGAGCGCAUCAAGGCCGAGGGCCUGUACGACUGCAACUACUCGGCGUACGCCAUCGAGGUCUGCCGCUACACGCUCUUUUUCGUCUUGUUCCUCGUCUUCUUGCGGUGGAAGUGGUACAUUCCCUCGGGCUUCUUCCUCGGCGUCUUCUGGCACCAGCUAGCCUUCACGGUGCACGACGCGGGCCACCUGGGCAUCACGCACGACUUCCAGACCGACACGGUCAUCGGGAUUCUGGUGGCCGACUUUUUGGGGGGCCUGUCGGUGUGCUGGUGGAAACGCAACCACAACGUGCACCACAUCGUCACCAAUUCGCCCGAGCACGACCCGGACAUCGAGCAUAUGCCCUUCUUUGCCAUCUCGCACCGCUUCCUGGGCAGCCUGCGGUCGACCUACUACGAGCGCGUCAUGCAGUACGACGCCGCCGCGCGCUUCUUCAUCUCGCUCCAGCAUUACCUGUACUAUGUCAUCCUGCUCUUUGGGAGGUUCAAUCUGUACCGCCUGUCGUGGGCGCACAUCCUGCUGGGCCAGGGCCCCAGACGGGGACCCGCGGCGUGGCAUCGGUGGCUGGAGAUGGCCGGACAGGUAUUUUUUUGGACCUGGUUCGGCUACGGGGUCGUGUACCGGUGCGUCGACACGGGCGCAUGGGACCGGUUCGUCUUUGUCAUGGUCAGCCACAUGGUUACGACGCCGCUGCACGUGCAGAUCACGCUGAGCCACUUUGCCAUGAGCACGGCCGAUCUCGGGGUGGACGAGAGCUUCCCGCAGAAGAUGUUGCGGACAACCAUGGACGUCGAUUGCCCCCAGUGGCUCGAUUUUUUCCAUGGGGGGCUGCAGUUCCAGGCGAUACAUCACCUGUUUCCGAGGAUCCCGAGGCAUAACCUGCGCAAGACGCAGCGGCUGGUGCAGGAGUUUUGUGACGAGGUCGGCAUCCCGUAUGCCCUGUAUGGGUUUGUAGACGGGAAUAGGCAGGUCAUUGGGCGGCUGGCCGACGUGGCGAGGCAGGCAGCCAUUCUGGCUAAGUGUCAGAGUGUGUUGGUGAGCGACGGGGGCGGUCAUCAUCAUCACCAUUGAUGCGGGAGCUGGAUCGUGUCCCGUUUGAUGUAUAAGGGGGAUGUAUUUGUGAGUGGAUGGCUUUCUGCUUCGGCCGCCGAGCGGCCGCUAUGUUAUGGUCGGGGGGAAGGAAGGGUUAAUCUCAGGGUUUGGUUAGCAGAGCAUUGCCUUUUGGGCAUUUUAUUUUCGGCUUCGAUUGGGUUCAUAGAUAAGCACAGUUAGCUAGAGACGUUUGUGUUUGCCGACCCUACCCCUUUGCCGGCUGGAAAGUGAAUCAGACAAGUCGUUU